GUAGAAGCUCCUCAUUUUGCCUCGUCACACGCGAAGGGAGUGAAUCCCUAACCUAUAAUCCCUUUAUCAUUGCCGUCUCUCUUCUGGCAGUAGGGAUAUGCCCUAGGCUCAGCGGAUGAUGAAGGCCGGAAGAAAAAUCUUGCUGCGCGAGGCUAAGAGCGUAUGUCUCUGAUUUUCAGAGGCGAAAACCUUAUUCUAGACGUAGAUGAAAUUGGUGGCGAGAUCGUAGCCCUAAAGAUCGUGCAACUUGAGAUCGUGCCUGGACGGUUACCAUAACAUUUAGGCGGGAUGUCUUUCCUGUUGCUCUUGUAAAUAGGAAGAUUUUCAGAGCAUCAUCGAUCAUCUAUUACCCCACAGAAGCAGGCCAUCAAAAUCUUGCUUCUCCACUGUCUCAGCAAAUGCUAUUUCCACUGCCUCCAUCCUCGCUUCUCCUUCCAGCCAACACCAGGUUUUGGUGAAAGGAGAAAGGCACUUCUUCAAGAUAUUGCCAUUGUAACAGGUUCCUGACUCUCUUUACCCUUUUUUCUCUUCUCCAUGGCUAUUUUCGGAACAUAGAUUAUGGCAGAGAAGGGAAGAUAGUCCUAACAAAAUUGGGGGUUUAUGUUUUGUUUCACCUUUUAAAACACAGGUGAGUAUUAUUUUAAUAGAUUUAUAUUAAAAUUUCAAUAGUAUAUUCUCUGUUGAUUUUAUUUGAUUUGGCAGGCGCAAUGAUGUAUAUUUGUUCAUCCUUGAAGGAGACAUAUUUCAAGGAAUUUUUUUAAAACUCUACCAAGGUAUCGUAUGCAUCCAGGUAUGGCAUUUUUUUGCCCCAAUAUUGUCAGGGAUCAGUUAUUUAUCCUUAAGAGUGUUGUCGUAUGCAUUCAGGUAUAGGUUAUUUCGUUUCACCAAAUGGUUCUUAUAAUCUAUUUUGUUAAUGGAGCAUCAAAAUAUGGUAUUGAAAGUUAUUAUAUCUUUUAGAAAAAUCUUAUUAGAAUUGUUAUUUGAUUUUCUAACAAAAAUUAACCCACUUAGAAAUAUAUAUGAAAUCUAUAAGAUAAAUCAACACAUAACAAAUACUGAUAGUGCAUGCAUAGAAAGAUUGAAAUAAUACAUAUACCUGCAUUUGGAUUCAUGCACAUUUGGUUCAUGCACUUGGUUCCGAUAAGCGUUGUUGAUUUUGUUAAUUUCCGCAUUUUUUUUCAAAAUUUGCUGGCAGUGUGGGUAUGUACGUAUCUAAAAAAAGCAAUAUUUGCAGUAUUGCCUAAUCUCUUUUGAUGGAACACCCUGCAAAAAGAUAAAAAAUUAAAUUAAGAAUAUGUAAUUUUUAUUGGUCAAUUGAUUUUGUAUACUACCUCCGUCCCACUCUUUUUGUCCAGUUUUGACUUUUGGAACUGUUCAUCUAAGCACUUUGACUCAUCAAAUUCUCUCAAUGUGUAAGUCUAAAAAUAGUCAUGUGUGAUCUUGUUUGAUUUGUCUUAACAUAUAGAUUAUUAAUAUAUAAUUUUUAUAAUUUUUUAUUAUACAAAUUACAAGAUAAAAUGGAUUAAAGAAGUGCAUUGGAUGGUGUGCAAAAAUGAAAGUGGACAGAAAGAGUGGGACGGAGGGAGUAAUAAAAUUUUAUAUCCUGCUAUUUUUUUUUGAAGUAAAAAACACUUUCAUUCAUCAAAUCAAAUGAGAAACAAAGUCAGGGGGGAGAAUUCAACCACUCAUUAGUCCUCUCCCCCGCCUCUCUAGCAAGAGAAUGAGCAAUACAAUUUGAGGUUCUAGGAAUGUAAAAAAACCUCAAAGAAAUAAAAGAGCUAGCGAAAGAUCUACAUUCAUCCUCAACGGCACCCAAAUACGAGAUGUUUCUACUCGAUGGAUUAUUGAGUGCUUUAAUCAACAGAGCACAAUCAGACAAAACACUAACCUCCGAGAAGCCAUGGUCUUCAAUCCAAGACAGCCUCUUUAAUCGCCAUGGUUUCCGCAAUUCGUGGCUCUAAAGGACACGUAAUGCAAGAGUUGAAAGCUCCAAUAAAAGAGUUAUCUUCACCUCUAAGGAUUGCACCGACUCCCACCCGCCGAACAUUCUCGAACACAGCUGCAUCCACCGAGCACGUAAUGCCGCUGAUUCUAGACUCCGCCAUAGGUGCCUUCAACCCCGAACAGUUUGAUGGCGUUGAGGCCAACCUGGUCCAAGCCUCGAUGAUACCCGCUGUCGGAAGCUUACUCUCCCAAUUGGCCAUGUUCCUCGCCUUCCACAGUGCCCAGAUCCCCGCCGCCACGCAGUCCAUUUCCCUUCCGACCCUACUGCAAAAGUUGAAAUCUGCCCAGUGCAGUAGCGAAUCAAAACAAAGGCCAUGGUUAUUGACAACCUUGACUCCCAGCACCCGCCACAGUCUCUGCGCAACCGGGCUGGGAUCGAUAAGCUUGGCCUCACUCUUGGACCAAGGGGGAGGAAUGUUGUGCUUGAUGAAUAUGGAACUCCAAAAGUUGUCAAUGAUGGGGUUACAAUUGCCCAAGCUAUUGAGCUUGCUGAUGCUAUGGAAAAUGCCGGUGCUGCACUCAUUAGAGAGGUAGCAAGCAAAACCAAUGAUUCUGCUGGUGAUGGGACAGCAACUGCAUCUGUGAUUGCUCGCGAAAUGAUCAAACUUGGUCUGUUGAGUGUUACAUCUGGUGCAAACCCUGUAUCCAUAAAGAAGGGCAUUCAGAAAACUGCACAUGGGUUGGUGGAAGAGCUUGAGAAUAAAGCCCGGCCAGUAAAGGGUCGAGAUGAUAUUAAAGCCAUUGCUUCAAUCUCUGCUGGAAAUGAUGAGGUCAUUGGCACCAUGAUUGCGGAUGCUAUUGAUAAAGUUGGUCCGGAUGGUGUAUUGUCAAUUGAGUCAUCUUCCUCACUUGAAACUGCAGUCCAUGUAGAAGAGGGAAUGGAGGUUUGUUAAUCAAUGCUAAUUCUCUGUCUGGGGGAUCGGUCAUAUAUAUCCAGUUAAACUCUUAACCGGAUUGUUACAUCUAGAACAGUCCGAACUUAAUUGUUAACACCAACAGUAAUCCUCGGGCAAGAUCCCAAGUUCAAAGAGCGACUGGCGCUACCCCGACAUGUUCAAUCUUGUUUCCCAGAUAACAGUUGUGACUCUCCAUUCCAAACUAGCGCCACACACUUUUAAAGUAAAGAUUCAAGCAUGCACCCAUGGCAAUAUGUUCUUCAAGGAAUCAUGGCCAGCGUUUGUUGAGAAUCACGGCCUCAAUGAGAGUCAUGUCCUGUUUUUUUAUCAUCUUGGUGGUUGUGAUUUUCUCAUCCAUAUCCUGAAAUACGUAUAAGGGUAUUUUUAUGCGUAUUUGAAGUUUGAUUUUAUGUAUUUUCUAAUAACAACUUUUUAUAUUAAAAUUUAGAAGUUUUA